AUGGAAAAGCCUACACCUCGCAUCAAUUCUUCAUUAAGAGAAAAAUAUGUUGGGAAAACAAUUCGUUUAAUUGGCAAACUUCAUUCUCUUUCUGGUAAUACCGCAGUACUUACAUCGACAGAUAAUGGUCAAGUUUUAGUCAAGUUGAAUGGUGAAAGUCAAUGGGGAACCGAUUACGUUGAAGUUAUUGGGUUGAUUGAACCCGAUUUCACUUUAAGAGAAUUCAAGACAACUAAUCUUGGCAACUCUUUUGAUCUUGAGUUAGCAAAUAAGGUUGUUGAAUAUGGUCAAAAAUGCCCUGAAAUAUUUGAGUAA